GAUUUUGCAGAGAACAGAAACUUAAGCUGACAGCGCGCAAAUUUUCUUUAUCCUAUGUUGAAUCUAAUUUUUCAAACUCAGCAUCAAAUUUGUCAAAUUUUAUUUUCAUGCUCCAUUUUGUCAUGGAGCGAUAUGAUGUUGAAACCGACAAGCCGGAUGGAUGAGUUCCGCUGAAAUGAUAAUAAAUGCUGGCUGCUCGCAUCUCGACAACGUUUUUCACGUUCAAAUUUAAUGUGCACCUUUGAAAAGCCAUUUCGUGAUAUUUGAAAUGUCAUCAAGACUGAAAUUGUUAAUGUUUGGUGUCAUUAUUUUAGUUUUCAACUUUCCGGCAACACAGCAAAAAAGAGGUGGUUUUCUAAAUCUAAAAGGCAAAAAUCCUUUGAUAAUUCGUAUUGCAUCAAACCUUGGGCGAAGUAGGACGCAACGGACGCUUAUUGUUAAAUGCUGUGAAAGAUUUUCUUGCUACAAUGGAUCCAAUACAAAUUCAAGAAACACUGUGACAUCGCUUGCAACCAAAAGUUUUACAAAAAAUGACGAUGAAGCAACCACAGCAUUAAUGAGUGAAUCGGAACCACCCACCGAAACUAUGAGUGAAGGUGCUACGACAUCCUCAUCAGUGGUGGCGGAGGCGACGGAACCCGUGUCCACAGAUCCUCCAUCAGAAAUUUCGCAGAUUCCCCAAACAAUGCCUUUGGAAUCCUCAACUGCCUCUUCAGAAACUCCGUCGAGCAAUUCGCCUCCAAAUAAUGACGCAAGCCAAUCUUCCACAAGCGGAGAGACAUCAUCACUAUCAGAAUUAGUGACGACAACAACGGCAAUUACUCAGAGCACAACAACCACAUUUCCCACAACAACUACAACAACCACAGUUCCCACAACUACGACAACCACAGUUCCCACAACUACUACAAAUCCUUAUGAGGUUUUGUACGAGUGUAACAGUGUUUGCAAGAAAAAUGCCUCUUUAUAUCUGAGUGGACGAUUAAUCAAUGCUGAAAUCUAUGGCUAUUGGGUUGUAUCAUGCGGCACGCUAUAUCUUUGGGGAAAUGUUGUGUUAAACUGGCAAGAAAAUGUUGAUCGCUGUUGCAGUAUAGGAAUGACGCCAAUCAUAAUUGAAAACGAUGCAAAACGACAGUGUCUGAUUAACUUGGCAAAACCCCCACUUUGGAAAUACAACGCGCACUACUGGACGUCCGGCCGAAGAAUUAUGGCAAACGCCACUUUCCAGUGGUGUCUCUCGAACUCCACUUUCAGCAACGUUUCAAAUAUUUGGCAGUCCGGACAGCCGGACAACACAAACAAUUCCGAAAACUGCGUACAUCUGAACAUUGACAAAACUAAAGGCAGCGUUGCAACCACGGACAAAAAUUGUUCAAAUUUAUAUGUUUUUGGGUGUCAAGGUCCAACAACGCCAGCCCCUCCGUGCUUUAAACCACAAUGUACCAAUUUUGUUUGCGCUAAAGAACCAUCUUACUUCACCACCUUGCCUGAUGGAGUAACGCAGCACCUGACGAGCCCUUCAAAUUAUGGAUUUUGGUACACAACCAAUGGAAGAACGUACUUGUUCAGCAGAGAGAAAAAAUCAUGGCUGGAUGCUCAAAAAGCGUGUUGCUCCAUUGGAAUGAAACUACUCAGCAUUGAAUACCAAUAUGAAUACGCCAACUUAAUUGCAGCCGCCAAAAAUUUGACCCAGGCUCAGGGUAUCUUUUGGACGUCGGGAACAGAUGAGGGCUGCGAAGGUAAUUUUGGAUGGUGCGCCGUAAACCAGCUGGUUCGCAACCAAGAAGCCAAAUGGCAAGCUGGCGAGCCCAACAAUGCAAAUAAUAACGAAAAUUGCAUUUAUAUUACGUUGAGUAAAACGGGUGCGCCGCUGUGGGACGCCGGCUGUGCUUGGAGCGAAAAUUAUAUUUGUGAGGCGAGGGACACGACAAAAACCUCAUCCAACUCUGAGGCUAUGGUCGAUGAAUGUGGCGCGGCUUUCAAUGUUUCAAGAGAUGAGGCUAUGUUAAUUUUUAAUUCAACGCAGUUUUCACUAAAAAUUAAAUGUUUCUUGAAAUGCAUGGGAGAGAAUGGAGGAUUUAUGCUUAACGGGAAGCUCGUUAACGAAAAGAUUUUGGAGAUGGCUGAAAGUUUUGCUGCUAGCUCGACAAUUUUGCAAGAAAACAUGGCCGCAGUUUCAAUCUGUGGAUCAAAGAAGGGAAUGGAUGAGUGCGAUACCGCUUCUCUUGUGUACCAAUGUGGGCAGGAAAAAGUGCCAGAUCUGGUAGCAAACAUCAUAAAUACAGUCGAAGUUAACGCGUCUGCGGAAUCUGUGCCUCUACCAAGUUUGGUGCAUAAAUGCCUCACAGAUUUCAACUGUGUGAUGGACCCCGUAUUGCGAGCUGACUAUGACAACAACAGACCAAUUCCAAACGGAGAGAUAUUUACUGCUUGUGGUAUAAAAUAUUUACAUCAAAGUAUCAUGCAACCAUAUCAGUCAGCAUCAUCUUUCUGCUGCACAUACGGCCUAAAAUUGGCCUAUUUUGAAGACAGCACAAAUGUCAACUGCCUUGUCAGCUCUACCAUGAGUUCAGCUGGUCGCGCUGAGCACUCUUGGUUGGCCGCGAGUAGGUUGGGCUCUGGGAAAUUUGGGUGGUGCACAUCAAGCCUGCCGUUCACUGCUAUGAGUGGCUCGAUCAUUGAUGCAUACCCUGAUAGAAAUACUUCCGAAUGGUUUUUACUGUCUGUUCGAAUUGGCGCUGAUCUGCAGCCUCAAAACACGCACUUUUCUCAGGAACAACUGUCAAGCAAUUGUUACGCGCUGUGCAGACCUUGAACGUAAUAAUUGGUUUCCAUAAGGCGCAUAAAAAUA